AAAAAUAGAACUGACACAAUGCUAGAGCAAUGGAUAAACAUUUGGGAAGGAUAAAAGUGCAAAUGUCCAAUGUGAAGCCAUCAGCAACAGAACUGCCUGCCAGUGUAACUGUCUUUAUAUAUAGACCUUCAGAUUUACUAGAGUCCGUAAAUUUGAAGCAAAAAGCCGUUGAAAGUUCUGAACAAAAUGACAGUAUAACUUCUUUAGUAAGAAUACUUCACAGUACAAAUUCUUGUCUUGGUGGGUAUGAGAUUUCAGACAAUGUUACAGUGUAUACCUUCAUGUCCAGGACAACUUGCUUCAAUCAGUGGAUGUUCACGUUCCUUACAUCCUUUGUUUACCUUAUAUACCUGCCAUUCAUAAUAUGUCUUCUACCUAUGCAAAGGUGUAGAUUAAGCAGGCAUCUCCAGAAAGUGAUGGGUAUUUCAUCUACAAUAUCACAACUGUCAGGACGGUCAGCAGUGUUGGACAAUAUCAGGUCUUGUAAUAAAUCAGAGCCAGGAUUUAAAUUGAGGUAAG